AUGGUUCGCAAGCAGGAGUCCGAGGUUGGCAAGUUCGAGUGCGUCCUCGCCGAGUCCGGCAAGGCGCCCAGCGUGGGCAAGCUCCACGUGUACAAAACCUCGGCGGUGUUCAAGGCUGAGAUGUUCGGCCUCGACAACACAACCGUGUCCGUGAAGCGCCGCGAUCUGACCCACCUCGACGCCACGCAGUCGCUCAAACUCUCCGUCGUCUACAAGGACGGCAAGAAGAAGCUCGAUUUACAGUUCGCGAGCACUAAGGCGCCGUUUCGGUGCAUCGUGGACGCGUGGAAGCUCGCCGAGAGCGACGUCAAGCCGAUGUUCGCGGUGCCGGUGCAGAAGGAGGACAAGCACGCGAAGAAGGACUACGGCAAGGGCAUGGAGGGAAUCGUCAACAUGGUCAAAGACAAGGCCCUGACGUCGUACGAGAGCGCAAACGAGAAGCUCAAGAAGGUGAUGCGCCUCAAGGCGGGCGCGAAGAUCCCGCCCACGCCCAAGCUGCCCCUGAUCGAAUGCGAGGAGGUGGUCUCCAAGUGCCUCUUCGUCAGGGUGCACCGCGCGGAGAACUUGCUGGCGAUGGACGCGGGCAACACGUCCGACCCGUUCGUCGUCGUGAGGUACAGAGGUCUCGAGGCCACCUCGAGCACGAUGCCGAAGACGCUGAACCCCGAAUGGAACGAGGUUUUCCACUUCCGGACCCCUCCCGGAAAGGUGGAACUCGACGACGACGACAAGGUGGAGAUCGUGGUGUACGACAGAGACUUUGGCGGAUUGAACGACUUCAUCGGGUACGCCAAGGUGGACAUGGAGGGCGUGCGCGUCGACGAGGGCGCCGGACGGCCGCCGUACGUCAACAAACCCAGGAAGAUUCGCCAGUGGCACGACCUGGAACCGCUGCCCAAGAACCAAAAAUCUGACUUCUUCGACAUGAACCACAUGAAGGAGAAGCUCAUGUUCUGGGAGGGCGAGCGCGGAAUCACCGGCCGGGUUUUCAUCGAGACGUGGGUGGGUAACAGGCACGACGACGAGUUCAGGGUCGCCGGGGUCCCGACGCUCAAGGUUCCCGAGCCCGAGGCGGAACGUCGAGUGUCGCAUUACGUCGACCCAGUCACCGCGCUGCUUCGGGUGGAGGUGAAGCGGGGGCGGAACAUCAUGAACCUGGACGAUGACGGCGGGUCGGACCCGUACUGCGAGGUUGCGCUGGUGGAUCCGAAGGGCGUACGGCCGGAGCAGACCCAGGCGACGCACUACAUCGACGACGCGACGGAUCCGGAGUGGGACAGGUCGUUCAACUUUAUCCUCGCCAAGCCUUACGUCGACCACCUGGUGCUGAGGGUGUACGACUACGACGGCGCGACGAGCUUCGACGACCUCAUCGGCAUGGCCAAGAUACCGAUACACGAGCUGGACGUGUACAAAGGGACGAAACGGCCGCCGGACGAGCGUUGGAUCACGCUGGUGGACAAGGAGGGUAACGAUCGGAACAAAGACGGGGAGGUUUACGGCGACGUGUGCGUCCGAGCGUACCUCGACGAGGAGUAUUUCGAGCACCUCCACGGCGGUAACGCCACCGCCGAGGUGGGUCGCAUGACCGUCGACGUCUUGAGAGCCACGGAUCUGCCCAAGGACACCACCACGUUCGCGGUGGUCAAGAUGGGGCCGUACUGGACCAGGCUACCUGGCGUGGAGAACAGCUCGAAGCCGGCGUGGAAGCAGCGGCUGCGAUACCCGGUGUUCGAGCCGUCGGCCCGGUGCACCGUGGCGCUCUUCGAGGGAACCGCGUCGUCGUGCAAGUUUCUCGGCCGGGUCAAGCUGCAGCUGAGCACCAUGGAGGACGGGGUUCGAUACGCCGGGAGCUUUCAGCUCAUGGCGAGGGACCCCAGCAGCGGCGAGAUCAAGAAGACGUGCAAGUUGGAGUGCGGCAUGCAGUUCAACUACAAGAACGGCGGAUCCCUGGUGGCGCGGAAGUACCUGGAACCCACGUUGCCGGAUAAGUGGUACUUCUCCCCGAUGUCUGACGAGGAGAAGGAGCGCAUGAUCAAGGCGCACAAGAACAUGAUCGUCGAGCGAAUGAAGCACUCGAGUCCGCCGAUGAACGAGACGGUUUCGAAGGAAUUGCUCGAGUUCUCCAAGCACGAGGUCAACAUCGGCUCGAUCAAGAGCUCCAUCGCGCGGAUCCAGAGGCUCACCGCCGGCUUCGACAAGAUCGGCAGCGGUCUCACGUACGCCCUGAGCUGGGAGAGCAUACCGGCCACCGCGCUGACGCAGUGCUACAUCGUGUACCUCAUCUACAAACCCAACAUGUUCAUACCGUCGUUGCUCUGCUUGGUGGCGCUGUACUCCCUGGCGCUGUUCCCGAGUCGAUACGGCAGGGUGCUGCAGCGCAUGGAAGCGGACGAAUGGCUAUCGCAGGGCCUCCCGUUCCCGCCCCCCACCGAGGAAGAGGAACGUCGCAAGAAGGAAGCCGAGGAGGAGCGCAAGCGAAAGGAGGAGGAAGAAGAGGAGGCGCGAAAGAAGGCUGAGGAGGAGGAGAAGAAGCUCGCCAAGCUGGAGGGCGACGCGGAUAAGAAUCGCGCGGAUCGCGAGAAGAGGCUCGAGGAGAAGAAAAAGAAGCGCGAGGCGGAGGAGAAGAAACGGAAAGAGGCGGAGGAACGAGCCAACGCCCCGAAGGAGGCGUUCAACUGGGAGUCGAUCAACCCGUUGGCGAGUUUGCAGAAACAGAUGGACGAGGUGUUCGCGAUGAUCACCAUGUCGCAGAACAUCCUCGACGAGGCGGCGAGCUGCGCGGAGCGAGUGGCGGGGAUCUUAUCGUGGGAGGAACCCAGGGUCACCGCAGGCGUCCUCGUCGUCAUCCUCGCGCUGGCGUGGGCGCUCGUGUACGUGGAGGUGGUGACGCGCUUCUUCAUCAAGAUCGUGCUCGGCGUCGUGGUCAAGACGAUCUUCAAGAUCGUGUCCCCGGCGACGAUCAAGUUUGGCAUCUCGUGCGGCGUGCUCUUCGCGCUGAGGCACCCGGCCAUCUUACCGGAUGAGCAAACGCGGAUUCAGAUGGAGGCGCGCAAGCGAGCCGAGCGAGAGGCGGCGCUCGCCAAGGCGGCGGCGCUCGAGGCCGCCGGCGGGGACGAGGACGACGAGGAGGAGGAGGCUGCCGUGGUCGCGGCGCCGCCGCCGCCGCCGGCGCCGAGCGCCAUCCUGGACCCGAGGCCUCUGGCGCCGCUCAACGUCUUCUUCCGCAUGCCCACGCAGAGCGACCGGCUGCUGUGA